GGACUCAAUUCAACUGUAAGUAUAUGCUUUUGGAUGUAAAAUAUAGCUCUACAUUGUCUCAGUUGGAAGAUAUGCUCAGAUCUAUGAGGAGACCCUGAUCAGUAUAUAUGCUUACAUCAGUCCCACUCCAAAUAUUCCCUUGUCUAGCCCCUAUUUCUGUCUUGUUUCCUUUGCCCUUUUUCCUUCUAGUGACAGGAUCAAGAUCCAAAGUUUUCUAAAGCUAGUUUGUAAAAAAUCUGGUGGAGCUGUUGUUACAAAGGAGCUUUACUCAGUGCCAGAUAACCCACCAAUAUUACACAACAUUAUCAAUGCUGUGUGAAAGCGUUUAUGGUUAAUGGGACACAAUAUAUUCUUUUUUCCUUUUGUUGGUUCUCUUUCGGUUCUUAGGUAUCUCCCCACCACAACUGGGGCUGGGGCUCAAACACAAUUCACACUAUUGUGUGAUACCCAAUAUUCCUUCCUCAGUACUUGGAACCAUGGAACAAUGUUCCAUGUGAAAUUUGAGUCUCUCUUCGUGCACCUGCUAUUCGAACUUAUAACCUCAAAGAAACAUUGUAUCAAUCCAUUAGAAUGUCUGGUUUUUCACUUAUCUCGUGUCCUAUACUUAUUUGUUGCUAUGAAGAUAAGAGUGGAGAAUGAUGCAAUCGAAUAUGGUGAGAGAUUUGUGGCAAAGUUCGAGAUCUUACAUUCAGUGGAUUGCAUUCCCACAUUGUUUGACCUUUGUCAAAUGCUGUGUCAUUUCCCCCUUUGUCAAGUAUGGAAUAUGUGUUUUUAUUUGACAAAUCGCACGUAAAAAGACAUUAAUCCAUUACCCAAGUGUUAUCAGCCAUCAUCGGAUUCCUUUGUGAUCAGGUCCAUAGGGGAUCAUAUACAGUAUGUAAAAGUUGGCCUUCAAUGUCUGGAUCACACGGCUGCUUCUUUAAUCUGACUUCUUUAUUCCUUAAAUUGUGUCCAAUACGUCAUUGCCUUUGCCAUUAUUCUAGUAAUAAUCCUGUUUCAAGUGGAAGUGCUGCACUGGAUAGGAACAAACUCACUAUAAAAAUGGAGGCACCCACAUUGUUUCUCCAAGAUAUAGCAAUACUCCCAGAGAUGGAAACAGGUGUGCUGGAGCAUAGCCUUGCUGCUUCCAAUCCUUUUUCUUCUAGUUUUGGAGAUGAGGGUUUCUACUCUAAAGCCCUAAUCAAAGGGACGAAACUCAGAUUGUUUGGCUUUGAUGUGAAUCCAUGUGCAAAUGAUGGCAAGCGUUCGGUGGAGUCAGAGGAAGGAGAUGAAAGUUUGAGUUCCUCGAACACACCUUCACCUUGGAAGGAGAAAACUCUCCAGGGAAAGAGUUCAACAAAGUUGCUGGAAGAGAGGAGGUAUGCUUGCCAGUACUGUCGCAAAGAGUUUGCAAACUCGCAAGCGCUGGGAGGCCAUCAGAAUGCCCACAAAAAGGAGAGAGUGAAGAAGAAAAGAAUGCAACUUGAGGCAAGACGGGCAAGUAUCAACCAAUAUCUUCAGUCUUUCCAAUCCCAUCCAAGGUUUACCGAGCCCUCUUUCAGCAUUCCAGAGUACAGCGUAUGCGAGUCUCCCAAUACCCUCAACCUCAUCCAUCACCAAACAUAUCUCAGUGACCCCCAUGAUCUGGAUUCAUUUGGCCAACAAGUAUAUGUUCCAUUCCAACAUGGAGAUAUGUUAGGCUGGGCAGAUGGAAGCAAGUGUUCCAGGGCCAUGCCUGGUGUAAUCAAGCCAUUACCUUUGCGCAUUUCCAGGCAAAGAUUGUAAAGAUAAGAUUCAGACUAGGCCGCCUAGUGACAUAAACAAAAUAUGCAGCCUCUCCUGAAAAUGGGUUGCAUCAUAUGUAGACAAAAAUGAAAUUAUUUCUCUGGUGUUUCCAAUUCUAAAAGAGAGGAGGUUGGUGGAUCCAACAAUAGCUAUUAACCCCAUGUGUAAAGAACUUCCAGAGAGUUUUUCUUCCUAAUUAUAUGCUA